CAGCCCAGAUCCCGACGCGGGGCUCGAGCUCACGGACCGCGAGAUCGUGACCUGAGCUGAAGUCGGACGCUCAACCGACUGAGCCACCCAGGCGCCCCUCGUGGUCACCUCUCCUACUCUUUGGACCCUAUUUGUCUAGUCCUGGUCUCUUCAUACGUCGGCCUUUCCUCCAGAACGGAGCCCUUGUCUUUCGCCUCUGACUCGCUGUCAGUCUGCGUGCGUCGAAUGAGAACGCCCUCAGGCCCCAGCCCCAUGGGGCGCAGUGUGCCGAAGGGUGGCCCCUGUCGUGCUGAGUAGUGUGCCCUAGAGCCUGAGGAUGUGACCUUAUCUGGAAAGUGGGUCUUCUGCUUUGCAGGUGCAGUGAGGAAAGGAUCUCGAGAUGAGAUCCUUCUGGAAUGUGUGAGUGGGCUCAAAUCCCAGGACAGGUGUCCUCCCACGAAUAGGAGAGGACCCAGACACGGGGCGGGUGUGGGAAGAUGGCACCCGGAGGGACGUGGCCACCAGCCCAGCACCGCCUGGAGCCCUUAGGAGCUGGAUGAGGCCGGAGGGAUCACGCCCUGGAGCCUUUGGAGGGAGGGCGGCCCUGCUGGGAGAGAAUAAAUUCCCAUUGUUUUGAGACCCCCCAGCUGGUGAGUUUGUUAUGGCAGCUUCAGGAGGCUCCUUGCGUGGGGGAAGUCACGCCUUUUUCUCUCUUCCGGAAUCCUACUCUCGCUCUCUGGCUCAGUGCCUCCCGUCCUGGGCGCUGGCAGCCAGGCAGGGUGCGGGGUGAAGCAGGUUUUGGGAUGACGCAGCCAGGGUUGAACCCCGGGCACUUGCCAGCGGGCCCGUUCUGAGCCCCCUGCUCCACCUGCCUGAGCUCACUGCCCGCUCUGCGUCGAGCACUAUGGUGUCACCCCCUCGGGAUUCGCUGUGGGGGACCCAGUGAGACGCCCAGCGCCGGCUACAGGGCCCGGUUCCCAGCAUCGCUCACUCGGUGAGCGCCGGUCCAGCUGUGCGCUCCUGGGCCACAAUCCCGGCUCCCUUUUCGCAUCCACGCCUGCCACUCAGCAGGUCAAACGGUCACUCAACGCCUCUACGCGGAGCCUGCAAAGACCAACAGUCUGCUGGUGACACGGUCAGGGGCUGGAGACCGUUGGAAACCACAUGGAGAAAAAGCCCUGGGCGCUGAUCUGGUGUCCGCCAGAUAAGGACUGAUCGGGGGACAAUUUCCUGUAUUCUGCCAUCUCAGCGGACAGCACAGCAGGUCGGAGAAGCGGUGUCUACUCAACGUCAGGUCCCAGACCAGCCACGCCCGCCUCCCCGGACCUCGGGAGUGAUGUGGAGUCUGGGCUCCACCGAGGGGACAGUGAAUUCGAAUCUGCCUUCUGCCAAGACCCCAGGCGAUUCACGAGCACAUUCGUUUCAGGGGCCAAGCACCUGCUGACUGCCUGGGCCUUUGCACGCACUUGAGUCCACAGCGGGCCCCACAGCCCACGGCGAGCUGCAAGUGGGGCCCAAGAAAUGCCGCUGAACCAGCUGGAGUGAGCCUGAGCCCUGUCCCUGAUGGCUGACAACUAUCUGAUCUUGAAGUCUGGAUUUGGGGCCAUGGAGGGACCGAUGGCCGGCAGCCCAGGCCUCGCAGAGAAGCCGGUCCCCGCAGCCGCCAGCCCCUCUCUGUCCUCGCUGGGCGCUGUCUUCAUCCUCCUGAAAUCCGCGCUGGGGGCCGGCCUGCUCAACUUCCCCUGGGCCUUCCACAAGGCGGGUGGGGUGACCCCCGCCUUCCUGGUGGAGCUGGUCUCCUUGGUCUUCCUCAUCAGCGGGCUGGUCAUCCUGGGCUAUGCUGCCUCUGUCAGCGGCCAGACGACCUACCAGGGUGUGGUUGGAGGGCUGUGUGGCCCGGCCCUGGGGAAGCUGUGUGAGGCCUGCUUCAUCGUCAACCUGCUCAUGAUCUCCGUGGCCUUCUUCAGGGUGAUUGGGGACCAGCUGGAGAAGCUGUGUGGCUUCCUGCUGCCCAGCGCCCCCCCGGCCCCGCAGCCGUGGUGCGUGGACCAGCGCCUCACCCUGCCCCUGCUCUCAGCGCUGGUCAUCCUGCCCCUGUCCGUCCCGCGCGAGAUCGGGUUCCAGAAGUACACCAGCAUCCUAGGCACCCUGGCCGCCUGCUACCUGGCCCUGGUCAUCAUGGUGCAGUACUAUACCGGGCCCCAAGGCCUUGCUCGUGAGCCCCGCCCCGCACAGAGCCCCUCCUCCUGGACCUCCGUGUUCAGCGUCUUCCCUACGAUCUGCUUCGGGUUCCAGUGUCACGAAGCCGGGGUGUCCAUUUACUGCAGUAUGACCCAUCGGAGCCUCGCCCAUUGGGCUCUGGUCUCUGUGCUGUCCCUGCUGGCCUGCUGCCUCAUCUACUCGCUGACAGGGGUUUACGGCUUCCUGACCUUCGGGGCCGAAGUUUCUGCGGACAUCUUGAUGUCUUACCCGGGGAACGACGUGGUCAUCAUCGUGGCCCGGGCCCUCUUCGGAGUGUCCAUCGUGACCGUCUACCCCAUUGUGCUCUUCCUGGGGAGGUCGGUGAUGCAGGAUUUCUGGAGGAGGAGCUGGUGCCUGGCGUGUGGGCCCGGGGCCCUGGCGGAGCCCUCGGGGCCGUGGGUCCGGGUGCCACUGACCGUCCUGUGGGUUGCCGUGACGCUGGCCAUGGCCCUGCUCCUGCCCGACCUCAGUGAGAUCGUCAGCAUCAUCGGCGGGAUCAGUUCCUUCUUUAUCUUCAUUUUCCCGGGUCUGUGCCUCAUCUGUGCCGUUAACGUCCAGCCUGUAGCUGCACGCGUCAGGUGCUGUUUGGAGGCGUGGGGAGUGGUCUCUGUGCUCGUGGGCACCUUCAUCUUCGGGCAGAGCACGGUGGCAGCCGCCUUGGAACUCCUCUGAGCGGGAGGGGGUCGGCCCGGCCCCAUGGCUGCCCUGGUGCAGCUGCCUGCGUCCAGCUGUGCGACCCGUGUCCUUGCCUCAUAAAGAUGCUGGAGAAAUGGAUACCUUCUGCCUCCUGAGGCUGCUCAUUUGGGCUUCUGCUGGUUCAGAGGGUUUCGGGCGCAGUGCCGAGGAGGGCGGAUUCGGGUCCUCGGGCCGCCCUGACAAAGACCACAGCCUGGGGGCUUCGAAAGGCAGAAGGGUCCCCUCACCGUCUGGGGGCGGGAGCCCGAGAUGCAGGUGUGGGCAGGGCCACGCUGCCUAUCGGGGAGGAUCCCCCUGCCCCUUCCAGCCUGCGGUGUGGCUGGCCAUCUGUGGCGGUUCUUGGCCUUCCCUUUCCGUGUGGUCAUCUGCCCUGUGUGUCCUUCCAAGUCUCUUGUUUUUAAAGUUAGAGACCGUGAGAUCCAGUGGGGGAGGGGCAGAGGGGAGGCGGCUAGAGGAUCCCUGCGCUAACAGGGGAGAGCUGGAUGCGGGGCUCAAACUCGCGAACCGCGAGAUCAUGACCUGAGCCGAAGUCGGACGCUUAACCGACAGAGCCACCCAGGAGCCCCGAAAUUUCCCUCCUCGUAUGAGACCCCAGUCAUUGGAUUAGAGCCACCUUCGUCCAGGAUGACCUCAUCUGAAUUUACUUCCUUAGGGUCUGCAAAGAUCCUGUUUCCAAACAAGGUCACAGUCACAGGUUCUAAGAGUGGGGACUUCAACCUAAUAUUUCUAAGGGGCAUAGUUCAUAACAGAAGUAGGGGCUGAGGCCCAGGGAGCCCUGCUUUGGCCCGCAUUCUGAUGGGAGGGUCCCAGGGAUUGUCCCUUUCCCUCUGGCUGGACCCGAAGAGCCUGGAAACCCAGUGAGCUGUGUGCGGUUCCCUCCUCCCCCCCACCAAUUCCAGGUGUCACGCCUGCGGCUGAGGGCCAGGGGCCCAGAGGCCUGCCCCAGGGUCAGGGUCGGGGGAACGGGGGUGGGGGGAGAGGCAGCUUGCAGCCCAGCUGCUCCUGGGUCUCUGUGCUUGCCAGCACUGACCCUCUACGGGGCCUGGGGUGUCCUGGAGGUCGCUGCAUUCGGGCCGCUCUCCCUCUGCCUUGGGACGUCUCCCGGAAGCCGGCGGUUGGCUGUGGCCAGAUCCAGGAGGGGCCGACGUUUGAGGACCUCUCCCUCAGGCCUGUCCACCUGCAUGAUUUGCUUUCAGCUCUAACUCACCUGCCGUCAAGUUCACCCUUGCAAAGUUGCACACCCGCGAGUGGCCAAGGGGGGUGUGACCCCAUCCACCCAGCCCCAGGACGAGGAUGCACCUGCUGCCUCCUCUGCCCUGGUUGCAUGUGUAGACUCUGACCCAGUAAUUGGGGCACCAGCGUCUCCUACACGGGCCUUCUUACCAGCUACACACCCUGCCACACACCGUGGGUCAGGUGGCCACGGAACCAGGACAAGGUGCUGCGGCAGAAGCGCCCCACAGCCAGCGAUGUGAUCCUCAUAGGACUGUCACCUCAACCAUCAUCAUGCAAGGACACGACGCGGUCAGAGAAAUGCCGGCUGGGCCGUCACCCUCUGAUGUCCCCCCCGAUGGAGGACUGACCCCGCACGCCUCCGGUGGGAGGUUCGGGAUUUGAACUGGGCACAGCAAGAAUGUCGUCGGCCAUCGAACGCAGGUGGUGAAGGUCUCCAUUUGGGCAGCCCCUGAGAGCCGCUCGUCUGCUUUCCAUCCCUAUUGACUUAACCGUCGCAGGCAUCUUGUCAUGUGAGUGGGAUCACGCGCUGUGUCACUUUGUGACUCGCUUCCUUCACGCGGCGUCCCGUUUGCAAGGGCCAGUCGUGUUUGGCACGGGUCGGUGUUUCUGUCUUUUUUUGUGCCUGGAUAAUACUCCGUUGUGCGGCCGGACCUUGUUUUGUUUGAUCCGUUAUCAAAGGGUGUCGUUUCCGCCUUCUGGGCCGCUGUGAAUAAGCCGCUGUGAACAUUCGGGCACAAGUAUUUGCUUAAGUGCAUCUCUGCUGUGUUUUGGGGCACAGCGUGUGCCUGGGAACGGAACGGCCGGGCCCUACGGUCACGGUUGUUACGCGAGGAACCUGCCUGAGGUCUUCCGGUGCCGACCCGGAGCCGUUCGUCCCCAGCUGUCUGGGCCGUGUGGCACCGGAGUUCGGGCACGGGAUGGGGGCCGGCAGCGCUGGGUCUGGAUCCAGGUGGCGGCAUUUGCUUGCUGUGUGACCUCUGGUGAGUUACUUGGCCUCUCUGUGUCCCCCCCCCGGGAACCUGCGGCUCCCAGGGUGACACAGGCAGCCUGCGUGCCUGGAGGUGACGUGUAAGUUGUGGGAGCUCUGAUGCCUUUUAGGGUGGAAAUCUGUUCUCCUCAGAGCCUGCUCCCACCCCCUCAGCAUCCAGGGAGGCUCCGAGAGCUCGUGGGCUGCCGUCAGCAGAGAUGAGCCAAGAGCUAGGGCCAGCGGGCAUCGUGGGUAGCACAGUGUAACCCGCCCAGCUCCCGGGGAUCCUCGGCUGCACCCCAGAGAGCCUCAGCCCUCUGAGAAUAUUUUUUUAAAUGUUUUCAACAGGGUGAGCACGAGUCGGGGAGGGGCAGAGAGAGGGAGCCACAGAAUCGGAAGCAGGCUCCGAGCGGACGGCACAGAGUCCGAUGUGGGGCUCGAUCCCCGAAACUGUGAGAUCAUGACCUGAGCCGAAGUCGGACGCUUAACAGCCUGAGCCCCCCCAGGCGCCCCUCUGAGAAUAUUUUUAAAACAGGUGAGCUCCUCAGAGCAGCCCCCGCUUUGGGGGCGCUUCCCGAAGCUGCCGGCGGGACCCAGUCACGCACCAUUCUUGGGGGCCGGGCAGUCUUCAAAGAAGGGUCUUCCCCCACCCACUUUCCAGAUGAGAAACAAGGGGCUCUGAGAGGCUGGCUGCGAGCACCUGCAGCUCGGACCUGCGCUGCUAGGACUCAAGUCUGCUGCUUCUGCUUCCUACGAGCCCGUGCCGUGUUGGUUCUGUACAAAGGGCCGGCGUCGAGCCCGGCCGGGAGGCGGCAGGCGGGAGCCCGAGCCGGCGGGCUGGCCUGGGCAGAGGACCUUCCCAGCAGUGACCGCUUCGAUCCCUCCCCCUGUCACAGGCUGCCUGUUCCAGGCACGUCCUUGGCCCCGGGGUUCCCACCUGCCCUGGUUUCCGUCCUCCCUCUGUCUCUGCCCUCCCUCCUGCCUUGGGAGGGGGAUCCGUGGUUCUCGCUUUCCUCGUCCUUUGUGCCUUUUGUGUAGGACACCUUUGCUGCUAACCAAGACAGGGGACAGAAGAGGGGAAGUUAGAGAUAGAACAGGACUUGACAUGAGGGGACCCCCUGCACACCCAGCUUCCCUGUACCUGGCACCAAGAUCCGGGAGAAGGCCUCAGGCUGACUCAGCGUGUCCACCUUGACGUGCCGGAAGGCCUUGCACACGGGGCUCUGCAGGUGCCUAACUCAUAGACCACGAAGGUGAGGCCAUCGGCCAGCCUCACUGCCGCGAUGCUGGGGGGAGAGAGGCUCCAGCUGGAGGGCUGCCCCCCAAGAGCCUGGCAGAGGUGGGAGGGGCCCCCAGCACUGGCCCUCCGGUGUGUUCAGUGAGGAUCCCCGCCACCUGCUGCCAGGCCCGGUCCCGGAAGGUGGCCAAGAAAUACUCACUGAACGAAUCGCAACGGAACACUUGAAAAGGCCUUACUGCCACUUAAAAACCCCACCUUUCAAAAUAAAAACAUCUUCCUCCUC